AUGAACGAAUGGUUGGCGUGGGUGAUAAUCGCACCCGCAGCAUAUCUCAUCGGAUCGAUACCGGUGGGCCUCAUCGUCUGCAAGAUGUUUGGAGGCGUCGAUCCGCGUGAGCAUGGCAGCGGUUCUAUGGGUGCCACCAACGUGUUGCGAACCGCUGGCAAAAAAGCGGCGGCGUUAGUGUUCGCACUGGAUUUGGGGAAAGGUGCCUUGGUUAUUGCCCUGUCGUUGAUCCUCGCGCCGGAAUCAUUUCUGCUGCAUGGGAUAGCGGGAACCUUAGUUAUUUUGGGGCACACUUGGCCAGUGUUUGCGGGGUUCAAAGGUGGGAAAGGCAUUUCGCCUGGUUGGGCUGCGCUGGUGGUGUUGUCGCCGACCGCGGGCGUCGUCACGAUGAUUGGUUUGGCGAUUGCGCUGUUGACGCGGUAUGUUUCGCUCGGAUCGAUUAUCGGAGCGUCGUUGGGAAUUUUGGCGUUGAUCGUGAUCGCGAUCGUCGAUGUCCCGAUAACUGACAGCUUCGUGUUGAGGGAGCCAAUCGAAUACUUGGCCUUUGCAAUCCCUACGGUCGUAGUGAUCCUCUUCAGCCAUCGAGAAAACAUAGCCCGAUUACGCAAAGGGACGGAGAACCGCCUCGACAUAAACGCCGCGGAGGGGCCAUCGACCUCCAGCGGACAGGGAGCCUGA